AGGAUUAAUACUAAUACUAGUGUGGUGUAGUUGUUUCUAUGUGCUGACCAGGUUGGGGGUGCUCGAUCCGUGAUUGGUUAAUUUUGCUUCUGUUGUUUGCCUGUGCUAACCAGGUUGGCCAUAGGAGGGCGAUGUGCGACAUGUUCCUGCAUGAAAAUCCAUGGCACCGGAGCUGCAACGCGCGGGCAGGGCCCCCGUGCGUGUUGAUGCUGGGGAGGAGGACGCGCUCGAGUCUAUCGCGCGAGAGCUUGGCGCAGGCGCUGGCGCCAGUCGCAUGCCCGAGGUCAAGCUGCCGGCGAGUGGAUGGCGUGAUUCUGAGACCAAAGACGGCGGUAAAGACGGACCCGAAGCUGGCGGCGCUGCUCAAGGACGGGACGGGCGCCAAGGCCAGCCACGCCCGCGACCUGUUCCUGGCGCUGGCGACCUGCAACACCAUCGUGCCCAUCGUCGAGCACACGGUGAACCCGGCGGCGAAGCUGGUGGAGUACCAGGGCGAGUCCCACGACGAGCAGGCGCUGGUGUACGCCGCCAUGGCCUACGGGCACAAGCUCGUGGAACGCACCUCCGGCCACAUCAUCAUCGCCGUGUUUGGCACGAGGCAAAGGUAUACUAGAGCCCAAAAAAGCUGGUAUCAGGGAUGCAAAACUAGGAGUGGGGAAGCAAGAGCAGGAUGACUUCUUCACAGCGAGUGCUAAUUUCUGUAAUUUCUUUUGAGAUUCUUUUGGGUUGAUGCUUCAGCUAUGAAAACUGGUAUCUGAUUGUCAACAGUGAAUAAGAUGAGUUAUUGUGUUAUGUAAAUCUGGAAGAUGUAUUAUGUGAUGUUAUGUCAUGGAUGAUUUUAAUUCGACUUGGAGUUUUCUUGAUUUG